AUGUAUAGCACUGAAUCAAGUUAUGAUUUAAUGUAGAAAUUUGACAAAGAAAUUUUAGAAAAAUUGGAUAAAAAUAUUCCAUAUGAUGAAAUUAUUGAAUAUAUCAGAAAUCAAUCUAAUUAUAUUGAAAAAUAUGUUUAAAAGAAAAUUUCUAAAAUUAAAACAGAAAUUUCAGAAAUGUUAACUGACCAAUUGAAAAAGGAUUUGAAGUCUCAUCUUGAAAAGGUAAAUACAAAUACAAAAAAUUUACAAAAUUUUGUUUUUGAUGAUUCAAUAGCAUAAGAUUAUUUUAAACAAUUAAAUAAUCCCUCUGAAGGUCCAGAACUAUUAUAUAAAAUAGUUUUAAGUUGCCUUUAAGGAUAAGUCUAAUAGAAUUUCCUGGAAUCUAUCAAAGAUGAUAAAAGAGAUGCAUUCUAAACUUAAGAUUUUCAUAUCUUGGAUUGCCCUUUGGGGCUGCCAAGAUAAAAAUCAGAUGCUGAAAUUUAAAUAUUGCUUGAUUUUGUUUAAGCUUUUUAAAAGAAAAUUUAAGAUGCAAUUUAAAGUUUAGACACUUAGCAGAUAGCAUUUGAAAAACUGUUUGUUUCAGCUGAUUUAGAUGCUUUAUAACUUAAAUGA